AUGCGCCUAGCGCAAUGUGGGAAUUCGGAAUUUGGAUUUCACUCCGUCGGGCUCCAUCUCUCGCUGUCCAUCAGGUUCGUGACAGUUAGGCGAACAUGUAUUUAGACCUUAUUUUCUAGGACUUACUGUCACAUUUCUAGCGAAAUAAAGCAAGGACGAUAUUGCUGUCGGUGUACUUUAGCUGUAGUUAGUUUUUUUCUUCCUGGAGCACGAAUCCGCGCUAAGAAAAGUGAGAGAAACUAGGGUUUAUCGACAGAGACUUUCGGGCAGUCACUUGUAUGGGCUUCGUUCUCCACCACUAUGCUGAUAUUGAUGUUUGCCAUUUUGCUGACUUGUAUCCACGCUAAGGCCGCGCUUAGUACCGGAGCGAUUGAUGUCACGACUGAGUGCAAGACCUCGGUGACCUCGACCUGAGGGACGAACGUGUUCCCCUGAAGUUGUGAUAUGUCCCGUCAACAGGCAAUAUUUCCGUACUCCCUAUUAUCUUUCCUUACCGGUCUCUUCGGCUCUGUAAGAUUCGUAGGUUAUGCACCAAACUUGGUAUCCGACGCUUGGGCCGCAAUCUACCUCGAAAUUUCCUUAAGUCAGUGGAAUAGGCCAUUGCCCUUUGGUUGCCGGCGACGAGCGACUGCGUCUGAAUUCGACAGUCGCACUGGUUUCUGCCAAACGCAAACCUGCUGAAGGUACUGCAGUCUGAUUCCUCUGUCAUCUCUCAGUGCCAAACUCUGCUUGGUCGAAGUUGAUUCCGAACUAAAAUCCAGUAACGCUAAUACUCAGCUUUCCUGGGAACCGCAUAACCAAGUUAAUUGUGGUAGCAGAGCCCGCGGCGAUAAAGUCCGGAUGUUAAAACCGCCUAAUAGCCAAAUUGGACGCAAACGCGUCAUACAAUGAUCUGGAGAGAAGCGACGGCUCUAUGUGCUUGUACCCGUCGGCUCGAUGACAAGUCUUGCUACUUGCUAUAUAUCAUCCAUCAUGGAGGGGCAGGUUUGCGGACUCUCUUGUUAGCUGCCCUCUGAAGUGAUUUCUUGAUACCUGCCGUCGCUAUAUCUAGGUUUCGAUAGCCAAAUGGGUUCCGUUUAAAUACAGUUUAUUACUCGUAGCUAAUAGCCACGAUUACCAUAGCGAACUUUCCUUUGCCUCAUAACCUCAAUCAUAAACUAAAAUCUGCAUUAGAUUGCGGUCCCAAACCAUGUCGAAUGUCCCUGUUAUGAUAUCCAGUAAAUCAAAGUUGCUUCGACCACCGUUCACUUGUUGCCCUUGUUUCACCUUCGAUAACCCAUUGGACCAUUGACUUUUUGUUCGCAAGCCUAAAUUAUGAUCUCUUUGUCCACUCAUCCGUUAGGUGGUUUAAAAUGGCCGAGUCCCUUGUUUUACCUGCCCCGCACGACCAAAGUCUCAGCCCUUCACUACAGCAGCCCGUCUUGCGCUUCUGCAAACUUAGUGAGAAUGCUACCGCACCGACACGCGGCUCCGAACUGGCCGCCGGUUACGACUUAUACAGUGCCCAUGACUGCUUUGUCCCACCAAAAGGACGAGCUCUCGUAAAGACGGACAUUCAGGCAAGUGUGCCGUUCAUCGUAUAGCUGCGUGUAAUGCUUCCUGUUGGUUCAGUUUUAAUUUCAAUUAAUCUCCAUCUUAACUAUUAGAUUUCACUUCCGGAUGGAUGUUAUGGCCGUAUUGCUCCUCGCAGUGGCUUGGCUCUCAAGCAUGGUAUUGAUGUGGGUGCGGGGGUCGUUGACCAAGACUACCGCGGGAACAUUGGAGUCAUCCUCUUCAAUUUUGGUGACGAGGAAUUCCAGGUAGGCAAUGGUGCUUAGGCAUAGCCCUAUCAGUAAGAACAUGUAAAUUUUAGUUUUUUUGUGGAUAUUUUCUAUUACCGCCUAUAAUUCCAUCGUGUUCAGCCUCUAAGAUGACUCCUCUGUCGUUUCAACAGGUCAAGAAAGGGGAUCGUAUAGCUCAACUGGUCUGCGAGAAAAUCUUCCUCCCGAGGUUGGUAGAACAAAACCAACUGGACGAGACUGUUCGCGGAGCCAACGGCUACGGUUCGACAGGCCUGUAG